GUCGCCCCACACGGAACAGCAAGCUGCCGUCAUGCAGUGAUAAACAGCGUUCCGAUAUCUGCUGCCGGUAGCUCAUCUUGAGUGCUACGCUGCCUUGUGGCUUGCGAGAGAGCAGGUCAGCAGCUGACCGCCGCUGCGCGGUUCCAGAUGUCUGGAUUAAUAUGGCUGGUCGCGGCUGCCAUAAGCGUCGUCUAUGUCGACGCCGUGCUCUACGUGGAGCCUGAACAGGUUCAUCUCUCCUAUGGAGCACUUCCUACGCAGAUGGUGGUCACAUGGACAACUUUCGAUCCGACUAACGAUUCCCUGGUGGAGUUUGGCAAGAACGGCCUAGACAAGCAAGCAAGGGGCCACAGCACCAAGUUCUACGAUGGUGGCUCCGAGAAGAGGCUCAUAUAUAUUCACAGGGUCUUGCUGGAAGACCUCAUUCCUGGAGAGAUUUAUGUGUACCACUGUGGGUCGCCGAUGGGUUGGAGUGCAACAUUCUGGUUUCGGGCGAAGAAUGCCAGCGCCCUGUGGAGCCCCCGGUUGGCCGUGUUUGGGGAUAUGGGCAACGUGAAUGCACAGUCGCUGCCCUUCCUGCAAGAGGAGGCCCAAAAAGGAACCAUUGAUGCUGCCCUGCAUGUCGGUGACUUCGCCUAUAACAUGGAUUCGGACAACGCCCGGGUAGGAGACGAGUUCAUGCGUCAGAUCGAGCCAGUGGCAGCCUACGUGCCUUACAUGACCUGUGUUGGCAACCACGAAAACGCCUACAACUUCUCCAACUAUGUCAACAGAUUUUCUAUGGUCGACCAGAGUGGGCAAGUGAACAACCAUUUCUUCAGUUUUGACAUCGGACCAGCGCACAUCAUCAGCAUGUCCACAGAAUUUUACUUUUUCGUUGAGUACGGAUUCCUGCAGAUAAAGCACCAGUACGAAUGGCUGGAGCAAGACCUCAAGGAAGCCACCCGUCCCGAGCGCCGACGCGAGAGACCCUGGAUAAUCACAAUGGGACACCGACCAAUGUACUGCAGCAACAACGACCGAGACGACUGCACCCUGAACGAAAGCAUCAUUCGCAAAGGAAUUCCUUUGGUACACCUGUACGGACUCGAAGACCUCUUCCACAAAUAUGGAGUCGACCUCGAGUUCUGGGCACAUGAGCACUCGUACGAGCGUCUGUGGCCAGUCUACGAUCGCCAGGUCUUCAACGGCAGCGUCGAAGAACCUUACAAGAAUCCCGGUGCACCAGUGCAUAUCAUCACAGGAUCAGCCGGCUGCCAGGAAAAGCUGGACCCCUUCGUGAAAAACCCGCCAGACUGGAGUGCUGCACGUUUCUCAGACUACGGAUACACAGUGAUGACGCUACACAACGGCACCCAUCUGGGCCUGCAGCAAUUUUCCGUGGAAAAUGGACUCCAGCUUUUGGACGAAAUCACAUUGAUCAAGGAAACCCAUGGAUCCUACCCCAGCCGCAAGGCCAAGUAGUGAAGCCCGGACUUGUCUUCUGUGGUCACUGCUAGCACAGAAAGCGUGCAAGAAAGACGACGUGGAAUAUUUUAACGAGGGAAAGCUCAAAUAAAUAAAACAGCAAUUUUUCAUAAAUAA